GUGCCGGGAUCCUCGCUCCCUCCGGCUGCCAAAACCGGCUCCAGGAUGUGAUUCACGGGGAUGGAGCGUGUCCCGUCUCACUGGCGCCGGGCCAGCGGGAGCCCCACGGGGUACGCCGUGUCCCCGGCUUUGUGAGGCUCCUGCCCACCCGCGGGUGCUGCUGCGAGUGGGGGACACGGGGUUACCCUGCUGGAGGACGGCACAGAGAGCGUCCCGUGGAGUCGAGACCCCUCUCCACGCCGCAGCGCUGGUUCUGGGCUUUUCUGUAAUUCUCCAUGGCAGCAGCACAGGGUCCUGUGACCUGUGAGCCCGACACGCGUGUCCUCGGCACCUACCUCUCCUCGGAGCCCGUCGGCGUGGUUGGCAGCAUGGGCAGCGUGGGCAGCCUGGUGGAGAAGCAGGAUCUGUCCCCCCUGGAGCUGCGGGCCCCGCUGGGCGGCUCGCGGGGGCUCCGGCAGCCCGACGGGCUGCUGCGCAAGGGGCCGAACCAGCGGGAGCUCUUUGGGUACCUGCACGGGGCCAAGAAGGAGACGCGGGCGGAGCGGAAGCACCAGACAUCGGGCGCCUGCUACAAGCGGGACUACGAGAGCGACCGCGAGAACCGAUCCCCCGAGCGCUGCUCCCGCGAGCAUCACCGCGGGGCCGACUUCUCCAAGAGCUCCCUGCCGGAGCGGGGCCGCUUCGACAAGUGUCGGAUCAGGCCCUCAGCCUUCAAGGCAGUGGCUGGGAAGGGGCUGGUGUCCAUGCAGGGCCUGUCCUCGUCCAAGGGGCAGAAGCUGUCCAAGAGCAAUGGGAGCCUGCACACGCUGCUGUCGCAGAGCAGCACAGCGGCCCCGCAGCACGGCCCGCUCCGCACCCACCUGCUCCACGCCAUCAGCCUGGACGAGGCCUCUGACUCCAGCCACAACUCCAUCCAGAGCUUCCCCUCCUACGGCUCCCGCUUCAAGCCUGCCCAGAGCCAGUUCAGCGCCUCCAUGGGCCACAUCAACCACAUCGGGGGCUCCCUGGACAGGGUUUCCCGGAGCCCCAGGGAUACCCUGGCCCCUGAGAAGAUGCCCCUGUCCUGUAAAAGCAUGGCCACCCUGAGCAGGCUGCAGAGCCCUGGCGAGCCCCCGCCGCCCUACGAGUUCUCCUACUCGCUGGAGGACGCGGUGAAGCAGCUGGAGGACCGGCUGCAGGAGACGGGAGGGGAGCUGAGGCAGCUCAAGAGGAGUCUCAGCGAGACCGAAGACCCCUUCACACAGGCAUUUGAGGACAAGCAGCGGCUGUGGCUGGACGAGCUGGAGGACCUGAAGCAGAUGUACAUGGCCCGGCUGCAGCAGGUGAUGCAGCAGGCGCAGCGCGGGCAGCGGGCGCUGCAGCUGCAGCUCUACAAGGCGCAGCAGGAGAAGAAGCGGCUGCAGGAGGAGCUGAGCCUGCAGCAGUGCCAGUGCGAGGAGAGCAAGCUGCGGCAGCCCCAGGGCGAGCAUGGCAGCCCCAAACUGGAGGAGACCAAGUGGGAGGUGUGCCAGAAAGCAGCAGAGAUCUCCCUGCUGAAGCAGCAGCUCCGGGACACCCAGGAGGAGAUGGCUCAGAAGCUGGGGGAGAUCUUCAGCCUGAAGACGCAGCUGCGGGAGGCCAAGGCAGAGGUCCAGGCCAGGGACUCGCAGCUGGCACAGCUGGCAGACUCCUUCCAGAGCCCCCCCGAGCCCGGCUCCUCGCUGCCCCUCGGUGAUGACCCCAUGCCGUCGUGCCAGGACUUCCCUGGCUGCGAAACUGAUGACUCCAAGUGCCGGGGCCUGCAGAGCGACUCGGCCGAGCCCCUGGAGCGGCAGGUGGAGUGGCUGUGGGCAGAGCUGCUGCGGGAGCGGCGUCAGGGCCAGCUGCAGGCCGUGAACUUUGAGCUGGAGAGGAAAACGUGGCAGGAGGAGAAGGAGAAGGUGCUGCGGUACCAGCGGGAGCUCCAGGCCAGCUACAUGGAGAUGUACCACCGGAGCCAGGCGCUGGAGCGGGAGCUGCGGCAGCUGCGGGCGGAGCCCAGGGAUGUCAGGAUCGAUUCGCCCUGGAUCGAGCGGGUGGAGUCCUCCAAGAUCUGAGGGCCGGGACGCCAGUGGGACUGAAGGGGGAAGGUCUCUUGCCGCUGCAAAGGGACGAUCUCAGGGUGUGCACAAGGACUGGCCCCGCUCGGCGCUGCCCUGGCCUGAAGGACCCAUUGCCACAGGGGAGCUUCUCCUUCUUGCAGCACCUCAGGCCCUCCUGGUGGGGUCUCUGGAGGGCAGGGGGGUCAUCUGUGCCAGGGUGGGGGUCUUGCAUGUGCCCCCUGCUCUGACUCCAGGAGUGUUUGCCCUGUGAUUCCUUCUGCCAUGAGGGCAGAAACCAAGCACCCUGUGAGACAUUCCCUGUCCCUCCUGCUCUGCUGCCCCCGUUCCUACAACCCAUAACUUAAUGUGAGGAGAAGCUGAAGCCCUAUCCCCCACCCCACUGCCUUGCUGCUCUCUUGUCAGCAGGGCCCUGGGGCUGGUGGUGCCUCUGGGCAGGCAGAGGAGGAAACCCCGAGGAGUUCUGGUGCUGCUGGGAGGGGGCAACUGCCCCCAGUGUGGAGCUGCUCUACAGUGGAGGUGGUUGGUGCAGCUUUCUUCAGGCUGAGAUGGGGGAAUGCCUUGUGCAAGGAGGGAUGGGAACUGGUGCUCUGCCACACUGUGAGGAACUGGGGUGGGAGAGAGGACUGGGGCAUGUGCCUGAGGUGGGACAGAGCUGGGGUCCUCCCUCCCAGGGGAUGUGAGGGGGAGCUGGGGAGCCCAGAGGCGCUGGAAGGAGAGCCCCACACUCUGUGUGUGUUACAGCAGAACCACGUGAAGGCCGGGCCUGGCCCCACACUCCGUUCCUGCAAUAAACUCGUAUUUCUCUC